GAGAUCGAGACAAUGGCAUGGCAGCCCAUGGAGAUCAACCCGGAGAUGCUGAACAAAGUGCUGUCCCGCCUUGGAGUUGCCCCUGGCUGGAGGUUUGUGGAUGUGCUGGGGUUUGAGGAGGAUUCCUUGAAUGCCGUACCCGAUCCAGCUUGCGCUCUGCUCUUACUCUUUCCCCUUACUGCUCAGCAUGAAAAUUUCAGAAAAAAGCAGAUGGAAGAACUGAAGGGCCAAGAAGUGAGCUCCAAAGUCUAUUUUGUGAAGCAGACAGCCAGUAAUUCCUGUGGAACAAUUGGCCUUCUACAUGCAGUGGCCAACAACCAAGAUAAAAUUUUAUUUGAUGAAGGGUCUGCACUAAAGGAGUUCCUCACUGCAACAGCUGACCUCUCUCCUGAUGAGAGGGCAAAACGUCUUGAAAACAACAAGGCCAUUCAAGAAGCCCACAAUGCAGUAGCACAGGAAGGCCAAUGUCGGGCUGAAGAUGACAAAGUCAACUUCCAUUUCAUUCUGUUUGCCAGUGUGGAUGGACACCUCUAUGAACUGGAUGGACGAAUGCCUUUUCCUGUAAAUCAUGGAGCGAGUUCAGAUGACACCAUGCUGAAGGCUGCUGCCAAGGUCUGCCGGCAGUUCACAGAACGUGAGCAAGGAGAGGUCCGCUUUUCUGCUGUGGCGCUGUGCAAGUCUGCCUGAAGUUCAGGAGUUAGAGCGACCCCAUAGUAGGCCCUCACAGAAAGCAAUCCAAGCCCCUAGUGCUUUAGUACUUGUGUU